AUGGCGUCUAAUGAUGAUAAUGAUUCUUCAUUCGAUGAUCUCAACCAAAAUGAUACUGAACGUGAUUUGUAUGCUGUAUUGCACAUUAGUAAAGAUGCAGAUGCAACAACAAUUCAACAAGCUUAUCGUCGAUUGACACUUCUUUAUCAUCCUGAUAAACAUACUGAUUUACGAAAUAAACAAUUAGCUAUGGAAUUAUUUAUUCAAGUCAAAAAAGCAUAUGAUAUUAUAAAUGAUCCACAAAAACGUGCAAUUUACGAUGUUCUUGGUAUGAAAGGUUUGAAAACAGAUGGAUGGGAAGUCAUCAGUCGAACAAAAACUGCUCGUGAAAUUCUUGAUGAAUAUGAACGACUUGCAAAAGAACGUGAAGAAACUCGUUUUAAUCAAAUCACAAAUUUAAAUGGUUCAGUACAUACAACAGUGAAUCUAACUGAUAUAUUUAAUCAAUUAAAUUCAUCCAAUGAAGACAGUGAUUUUUCUACAAAUAUUCAAAUAACAGAAUUUACAGUUGAACAAAGUAUUGAUAUUCCAUUAACAUAUCAGAAUACAACAACUGUAAGUGCCGUUGCAACAACACGUAAUGGACGAGGUACAGGAUCAUUAACAACUUCAUUUCGACGUACUCUACCGGAUUUAUCUUGGUUUCGUAUUGAUUCAACAUUUAGUCAACAUCCUCACAUAGGACUUCGUUAUUUUCGUCGUAUAACACAAAAACUCCAUGCAAGUGUUGCUACUACAUUUAGUUUUAUUAAAGGUCGUCGAGCUAUAGCAACACCUGGCUUUGUAUUUUCAACAAGUUAUCAAUUAAGUCAUCAUUUAACUAGUAGUUUACAAUGGAAAACAGGACGAGGUUCAUAUAUGAAAGGAUUUUUACAUUAUGAUAAUCAGAAAUGGUCAAUUUCAAGUGCUCUUCAACUUGGAAUUAACAAUACAUAUGGAGCAAUUGAUGGUGUUUAUCGAUUUCCUGAUGUAUGCAAUCUACGAUGUAGUCUUAAAUUAUUCAUAUUUGGACCAUGGAUUGAAUAUGGCAUUGAUCGACAAUUAACUAAAUAUACACAUGGUUCAGCAACAGUUGCAAUCAGUGCAAGAAUGGGUGUAGUACUGAGAUUGAAAUUUAAUCGUGGUAGUCAAGCAUUUACUAUACCAUUCCAACUAUCGCAAGAAAUUCUACCAAGUUCAAUAUUUUAUGCGACAGUUGUACCUGUUCUUGCAUAUCUUGUACUUGAUCGAUUGAUUAUUCAACCAUUUACUCGAUUAGAACAAAAUAGAACACAAAAAAAAUAUCAAGAUGAAGCACGUGAAAAACAAAGUGAACGUCGUCGUGAAGCAAUGAAUGCUCAAGAAGUUCUUCGAUCACUUGUUGAACAAAUAAAAGAUCGAGAAGGUUCACAAGGUUUACUUAUUCUUCAAGCAUAUUAUGGUCAUUUAACAUCAACAAUAAAUGAAUCAUCCACUAAAAUCAUCGAUGUUACUAUACCAUUACAAACAUUAGUUAAGAAUUCAACAUUAAAAAUAGAAACAACAGUAUCAAAAUCUAAUCUAACUGGUUUUUAUGAUCCAUGUAUAGACGAAGAAAAAUCUUUAUUUAUAAAAUAUUCAUUUCAUUCACAAAUACAUACAGUUACAUAUAAAGAUACAGAUCCUAUUAUAUUACCUAUAUUAUGA